AUGACCGCAGCUGCCCCAGGCACCACCGGCACCAUCGUCAACGGGACCUACGUCCCGCCUUCGGGCUCGCCAUGGUUCGGAUACCGCGUCCUCGCGCAAUCGUUCCCCAGCACGUACGCGUAUCUGGUCUACCGGGGCUCUUGGAGCUCGUCGUGCAUUCCUCCUCCGGUCUCGAACGCCUCAGGGGUGAUCACACAACGCACCACAACGGCUGGAGAAUCCGCCGUCUUGUGGUUUGGCGGAAUCGGCGCGAUUCUGAGGGCCAGCAGCGUUGGACCGGCCAACUCGACUGUGCAGACAUGGAUCGACGGCGUCCAAGGUCUAGAGUUCCAAGUGCCCCCCGUACCACCAGGCGGCAGCGAGCUCUUUCCAAUCCAAGUCCAAGACCUCGUCAAUACCAACCACAGCCUCCAGAUCACGCUCGCCAGUGGCCCGGGGGUGAUAAUCCAGAGCGGUGCUGUCAUGAUACCCGCCGCGCCGCCUGGCUCCGACUUCUUCUCCAUGGUCCCUCACCCGACACAGGAGGACGGGCCAGUCCCGGUCACGAAGCGGGCUGCCACAGGCCCCGUUCAGGUCGGCGGGGGCUCGUUCGUGACCAGCGCGCCGGACGACUGGGUGCUCAUUCCGUGCGGCGUCGACGACCAGGACUGUCCACCAAUAGGCAGGUACGUGGAGACGAACAAGUCCGGCGCGUGGAUAGCGUACCAAGCACCUGCGCAGACGGUCGGCAUGUCCUUCAGCGGAUGGAGCGUGCCCAACGGCGGCAGCAUGAAGGUCUUCGUCCAGCCCCCGCCGCCACUCGACGUCACGGGAUUGAGCUAUGCGCGCGCCAACGGCGAGGAUGGUUCGCGAUCAGUCGUCGUGGCCAAGCAGUACGCGCCGUGCCAGGCCAUGCAGACGGUGUACAUGGCGCAGCUUGACCGCGGCAGGCGAUACUCGCUCAACGCGACCUGCACGGCGGAAGCAGGGCAGAAGUGCUCGUUCGCGUUCGCCACGUUCCACAUCGCCAACCCAAGCAGCAAGACUAAUAAAGGCGCGAUCGCCGGCGGAGUGCGUCCCGCGCCGGAGGUCGUCGAGGAGGACAAGUUGGCCGAGGACGAGGCAGGGGCGCAAGGAAGCGACGAGUCGGCCUCGUCGGAAGCCCACGCCGCGGCGCAUGCCACCCCGCCACCGGAGCAACCAGCGGACGCACCCACAGAAGUGUCCACGCAGCCACAAGGCGCUGCAUACGCCUACCUGGCGCACGGCGCAGCGUCCACGCCGCCGCUGCACACCCCCGUGCAGCCGCCACCACCGAGCCUGCCGACCAACCCGAACCCGACGCCAGUGUUCCACAUGCGGCCGCAGCACCUGCCGGCGAUCGACACGGGCGCCGUGGCACUGGCACGGAGCGCGGACCGCGCGCAGCCGCCGACGACGGCGACGACCAUGUCGAGCCGGAGCGGGAGCGGGUCCGUGCCGCCCCUCAUCGCCGAGCUCAAGUCCGGCUCGCCGCUCAUUUCAAACGGCACCCCCGUGACCGCGCGCAGCGGCCACCGGUCGCUAGCGAGCAUGUUCGGCGGGCGCGCGCCCGAGCCGACGCCACCGCUGCCAGAGCUCGUGGGCGUGCAUCGGUCCCAGGACGCAGGCGACCUCGAGGGGGUCAGGAUGGCGGAGGACGCGGGGAGGAUACGUGCUGAGGAGCUGCCGCCAAGGUAUAACCCCCAGUGGCGGGACGAGGGCGAGGGCGAAGCGGUGGUACGGCAGGCAGAGGCGGGCACUACGAGCGGUACAACACCGCCUGCGCGCACAACCCCACCCGGACUCACGCCGCCCGACAUGACGCCCCUCGAGACUGUGAUGGAGCGCCCGUCGGUCGAGGUCGAGCGCCAUGGGGUGGCUGGAGCCGCCGGCGCGCCGGACCGGCACGACGCGCGCCCGGCGACACCCGAAGCUGAACGCGAGCCGGCGGCAGCGGCAGCGGCAGUGGAGGCACCGGCAACGUAG